AUGAAUAAUACUUAAAAUAUUGAAAAUCUUAAAAAUUUAGUUGCUAAAAAUAUUGAGGCUGGAGGGUUUUUAAACUCAUUAAGAGCUUAGUUAAAAGUAGAAGUUUAUAAAGUAAUACUUUUCAUUUUAAUUUUUAAAGAUUAUUGAAUCUCAAGAUUAACGAUUAAAAGAAAAUGUUGGUUUUUAAUGGGAGCAUCCUUUAUUAAAUUAAAUUAAAGGAAUGACAGAAGGAAUGAAAAGUCUUGAAUUAAUUUUGGAGUAUCUUGAAUUUUUCAAAUUUGAUUAUACUGCAUAGGUUUUAAGAAAAGAAGCAAACUUAAAUGAUCCUAUUAUUAAAGAAUCCUUGGCUAGAAAAUUGGGAUUAAAUUCUUCUAUUGAUAGUUUGAGACCUCUCUUAAUGAUUUUGGUUUCUGAGUUUUCAAAAGGAGGUUCUGCAAUUAAUAUCUAAAGUCCAAUUAAUAAUGCAGCUCCUACUGAAAUAAACUAAUAAAGAGCUUAAUAAAAUAAAAAAUAAUAAGAAGAAGAAUAAAAAAGAUAAAAGGAAGAAGAACAAAAAAAGAAAGAAUAGGAAGAGAAAAAAAAAUAGGAAGAUAAAUAAAAAAAAGAAAAAGAAUUAGCUGAUUCUAAAAAAUAAACAAAAAAAGAGGGUAAAGAUAGACCUUAAACUGCUCCAAUAAAACCAGAAUAACCAGCUCCAAAUGUUAAUAAAAUAAGAGGAGGACCAACAAAAUAAAAUGCUCUUUCUUCAAUGUUUGGACUUGAUUUAGGAGGAUAAUAAAAUUAGUUUGAAGAAGAUGAUAUAUUUUCAAGUAAACCUAAAUAAUAAUAAUAAUCAACAAAACCUUAACAAAAUAAUAUUAAGAUGAAUAAUUAAAAAGGUAACAAUGCUUAUGAUAUUGGGGCUGAUACUCAAACUAAAAAUCAAAAGAUUUCAAACCAAAAAGGAAAUACAACAAAAUAAGCAUCAUCUGAUCCUUAUGCAUUUGAUUUGGAUGAAUAACCAAAAUAAUAAUCGAAAAAAUAUGAUUAUGAUCUCCAUUAAACAAUCGGAAAAAAAUUUAAUAAUCCUUAUGCUAUUGGUGAUCAGUAAAAAGGAUAGAAUUAAAAGGGAAAUAAAAAUGAUGAGAUCGAAGAGGAUAUAGAUGAUUUUUAAUAAUCAAGAGAUGAUAGAGCUAAACAAUCUGUAAAUUAAAUCAUUAUAUUAGAAUUAACUAUUUACAUCUGAUGAUGAUUAUUAAAGAGCAACAUAAUCAUUGGGAGUUGAUGAAAGUGUAGAUUCAUUAGCAUUAGAAGAAUAUGACUACUAUGAAGAUGUUUUCCGUAAGAGAUGA